UGGACUCUGCGCACGCCCAAAGGGCACCUCCGCGUCCUGUCAGCUCCACCAGCUCUCUGCGCUUGCGCUCUCAUGCCUCCAGAUUUUCCUUUUCCGGGUCCUAACUGGGUUUACCGGGCGCAUGCGCCACUGCAGGCUGGCGGCUCGCGGCUUCUUCUUCCGGCCUUCCCGUUGGGCCGGCACCGGCAGAAGCGGGACGAACGCAGGUCCCCAAGCGAGUGACCUACGACCCCGGAAGUGGACUUCAGGGUCCCGGGGCUUUCCCCGGUCGGGAGCCAAGGGAGUCGUCGCCUGCACUCCGGGAGCACCCACCCCACGCCCACCUCUGGAUGCCGCCGACGGGUGCUCGAUCUGUGUCCCGCGCCUGCCUGCUGGUUCGGCACCCCGGAGCAGUUCUGGGCCAGGGGUGGGGGCCCAGACCCCGCCCCUGAUGCAGCCCCACCCCCGUGCCCGGGCCGCACUCCGCUGACUGCUCCGGCCGGCCCCGCCCCCUGCCCGCACCCUCGCCUCGCCGAUCCCCUCCCCCUCUGGGGGAGGCCAUGGCGUGAGGGCGAGACCGAGCCCCGGGGCCUUCGGGCGCCAGGCGGGGCAUGGACCGGGGGCCGCCCCCAUGAGGGUCCCGGCAGGGGGGCGCGCGCAGCAGCGGCAGGGCCAUGGGGUCUCAGGUGUUGCAGAUCCUGCGCCAGGGGGUGUGGGCCUCGCUCACCGGCGGUUGGUUCUUCGACCCGCAUCAGAGCACCUUCUCCAACUGCUUUCACCUCUAUGUCUGGAUCUUCCUGCUCACCUUUCCCUUCUUGCUGUACAUGGUCCUGCCCCCCAGCUUGAUGGUGGCUGGCGUGUACUGCCUCGUGGUUGCUAUCAUCUUCACUACCAUCAAGACUGUGAACUAUCGACUGCAUGCCAUGUUCGACCAGGGAGAGAUUGUGGAGAAGCGCAACUCGACCAUGGGGGAGCAGGAAGAAGAGCCUGCCCAGGGGGACAGCAGUCUGCCCAGGGACCCUGGUGUGGAGAUGACUGUGUUUCGGAAAGUGAGUUCCACACCCCCAGUGCGCUGCAGUUCUCAGCAUUCCGUGUUUGGCUUCAACCAGGUCUCGGAAUUAUUGCCCCGGAUGGAAGACUCUGGACCCCUCAGGGAUAUCAAGGAGCUGGUGCGGGAGCAGGGCAGCAACAAUGUGAUAGUGACCUCUGCCGAUCGAGAGAUGCUGAAGCUCAGUUUACAGGAAAAAUUAAUUGGAGACCUUCCCCAGACACCCCCAGGAGCUGUCCCAGACCCCUCUCUCCCCAGCACAGACUCUUCAGAACGUUCUCCCCUGGCUGGAGAUGGAGCUCCUUGGGGUGGGAGCAGCAUGGUUGACACUCCCAUGAGCCCCUUACUGAAGGGGAGCCUUAGCCAGGAGCUAAGCAAGAGCUUUCUGACCCUGACCCGGCCUGACCGGGCUCUGGUGAGGACCAGCAGUCGAAGGGAACAACACCGAGGAGCCAGCGGCUACCAGCCUCUGGAUCGGCGGGGCUCAGGUGAGCCCACACCCCAGAAAGCUGGCUCAUCAGAUUCCUGCUUCAGUGGCACUGACAGGGAAACGUUGAGCAGCUUCAAGAGCGAGAAGACCAACUCAACGCACCUGGACAGCCCCCCUGGUGGACAAGCCCCUGAGGGCAGUGACACAGAUCCUCCCUCUGAGGCUGAGCUGCCUGCCUCACCUGAUGCUGGCGUCCCCUCAGAUGAUACACUGCGUUCCUUUGACACAGUCAUCGGAGCAGGGACACCACCAGGCCCAGUCGAGCCACUCCUGGUUGUACGGCCUAAGGACUUGGCCCUACUAAGGCCUAGCAAACGGCGGCCACCCAUGCGAAGACACUCUCCACCUGGCCGUGCUCCUCGACGGUCCCUGCUUGAGGGCGGGGGCUUCUUCGAGGAUGAAGACACCAGUGAGGGCAGCGAACUGAGCCCGGCCUCCAGUCUCCGAUCACAGCGGCGCUACAGUACUGAUAGCUCCUCAUCUACUUCUUGCUACUCCCCUGAGAGCUCCCAGGGUGCAGCAGGGGGGCCUCGGAAGCGGCGGGCCCCUCAUGGAGCUGAGGAGGGGACUGCUGUGCCCCCCAAAAGGCCCUAUGGGACCCAGCGGACGCCCAGUACAGCCAGUGCUAAAACACAUGCUCGUGUGCUAAGCAUGGAUGGGGCAGGGGGUGAUGUCUUAAGGGCUCCCCUGGCCGGCUGCAAGGCUGAGCUGGAGGCCCAGGUGGGAGUGGAGCUCGCUGCUGGGGAUCCUGCUGUGCUGACUGCUGAGGCCCGCAGUGGGCCUGCUGCCAACCAGCCAGGCUGGCGGGGGGAGCUGCCUGAGGAAGGUGCUGUUGGUGGAGCGACUGAGGAGACAGGCAAGCGGGACCGCUCAAGCAGUGUGAGGCGGACCCAAGCAAUCCGGAGGCGCCACAACGCAGGCAGCAACCCCACCCCACCGGCCUCUGUCAUGGGCUCGCCACCCAGCAGCCUGCAGGAGGCUCAGCGGGGCCGGGCUGCCUCCCACUCCCGGGCGCUGACGCUGCCCUCCGCCCUGCACUUCGCCUCUUCACUACUGCUGACCCGGGCUGGCACCAACGUGCACGAGGCCUGUACUUUUGACGACACCUCUGAGGGUGCCGUGCACUAUUUCUACGACGAGAGUGGUGUGCGACGUUCCUAUACCUUCGGCCUGGCUGGAGGUGGCUAUGAGAAUCCAGUGGGGCAGCAGGGGGAGCAGGCGGCCAAUGGAGCAUGGGACCGCCACUCACAUUCCUCCAGCUUCCACUCAGCUGAUGUUCCUGAGGCAACAGGAGGCUUGAACCUGCUGCAGCCGAGGCCUGUGGUUCUUCAGGGUAUGCAGGUGCGCCGGGUGCCGCUGGAGAUCCCGGAGGAGCAGACACUGAUGGAGGAGGCGCCACCCCGUGCCCAGCAUAGCUACAAGUACUGGCUCUUUCCUGGCCGCUGGACCUCUGUGCGCUAUGAGCGGCUUGCCCUGCUGGCUCUCCUGGACCGGACGCGGGGGGUGGUCGAGAACAUCUUCGGCGUUGGGCUGAGCAGCCUGGUUGCUUUCCUGGGCUACCUGUUGCUGCUCAAGGGCUUCUUCACUGACAUCUGGGUCUUCCAGUUCUGCCUGGUCAUCGCCUCCUGUCAGUACUCCUUGCUCAAGAGUGUGCAGCCUGAUGCGGCAUCUCCCAUGCACGGCCACAACUGGGUGAUCGCAUACAGCCGGCCCGUCUACUUCUGCAUCUGCUGCCUGCUCAUCUGGCUGCUGGAUGCCCUGGGCUCAGCACAGCCCUUCCCGCCCGUCUCCCUCUAUGGCCUCACACUCUUCUCUGCCUCUUUCUUCUUCUGUGCCCGAGAUGUGGCCACUGUGUUCACCUUAUGCUUCCCUUUCGUCUUCCUCCUGGGCCUCCUGCCCCAGGUCAACACCUGCCUCAUGUACCUGCUGGAGCAGAUAGAUAUGCAUGGCUUUGGGGGCACAGCUGCCACCAGCCCGCUCACUGCAGUCUUCAGUCUUGCUCGCAGCCUUCUGGCUGCUGCCCUUCUCUACGGCUUCUGCCUCGGGGCCAUCAAGACUCCUUGGCCAGAGCAGCACGUCCCUGUCCUCUUCUCAGUCUUCUGUGGCCUCCUGGUGGCGCUGUCCUACCAUCUGAGCCGGCAGAGCAGCGACCCCACUGUGCUCUGGUCCCUGGUACGGAGCAAGCUCUUCCCUGAGCUAGAGGAGCGGAGCCUGGAGACGGCCCGAGCUGAGCCCCCAGACCCGCUACCAGAAAAAAUGCGCCAGUCUGUGCGUGAGGUCCUGCACUCCGACCUGGUGAUGUGUGUGGUGAUUGCUGUGCUCACCUUCGCCAUCAGCGCCAGCACCGUCUUCAUUGCCCUAAAGUCGGUGCUGGGUUUUGUAUUGUACGCGCUGGCCGGGGCAGUGGGCUUCUUCACACACUACCUGCUGCCACAGCUGCGCAAGCAGCUGCCCUGGUUCUGCCUCUCACAGCCCGUGCUGAAGCCACUGGAGUACAGCCAGUAUGAAGUGCGCGGCGCUGCCCAAGUGAUGUGGUUUGAGAAACUGUAUGCUGGCCUGCAGUGUGUCGAGAAGUAUCUCAUCUACCCUGCCGUGGUGCUCAAUGCUCUCACAGUGGAUGCCCACACUGUUGUCAGCCACCCGGACAAAUUCUGCCUCUACUGCCGGGCACUGCUGAUGACUGUGGCUGGUCUGAAGUUGUUGCGCUCGGCCUUUUGCUGCCCACCCCAGCAGUACCUGACCUUGGCCUUCACAGUCCUGCUCUUCCACUUUGACUACCCACGUCUCUCCCAGGGCUUUCUGCUGGACUACUUCCUCAUGUCCCUGCUCUGCAGCAAACUGUGGGACCUGCUGUACAAGCUGCGUUUUGUGCUGACCUACAUCGCUCCCUGGCAAAUCACCUGGGGCUCGGCCUUCCACGCCUUUGCCCAGCCCUUCGCAGUACCACACUCGGCCAUGCUGUUUGUCCAGGCCCUGCUCUCAGGGCUCUUCUCCACACCCCUAAAUCCUCUACUGGGCAGUGCAGUGUUCAUCAUGUCUUAUGCAAGGCCUCUCAAGUUUUGGGAGCGUGACUACAACACUAAGCGUGUGGAUCAUUCCAACACCCGCCUGGUGACGCAGCUGGACCGGAACCCUGGCGCUGAUGACAACAACCUCAAUUCCAUCUUCUAUGAGCACUUGACGCGCUCACUGCAGCACACGCUGUGUGGGGACCUGGUGCUGGGCCGCUGGGGCAACUAUGGCCCUGGUGACUGCUUCGUCCUGGCUUCCGACUACCUCAAUGCACUAGUGCACCUCAUCGAGGUUGGCAAUGGCCUUGUCACCUUCCAGCUGCGUGGCCUUGAGUUCCGGGGCACGUACUGCCAGCAGCGUGAGGUGGAGGCCAUCACCGAAGGUGUAGAGGAGGAUGAGGGCUGCUGCUGCUGUGAGCCUGGCCAUUUGCCACGGGUCCUGUCCUUCAAUGCCGCCUUUGGGCAGCGCUGGCUGGCCUGGGAGGUGACGGCCAGUAAGUACGUGCUGGAGGGCUACAGCAUUAGCGACAACAACGCCGCCUCCAUGCUGCAGGUCUUUGACCUCCGCAAGAUUCUCAUCACCUACUAUGUCAAGAGCAUCAUCUACUAUGUGAGCCGCUCCCCAAAGCUGGAGGCCUGGCUGAGCCACGAGGGCAUCGCAGCUGCUUUGCGGCCCGUUAGAGCCCCCGGCUAUGCCGACUCAGAUCCCACCUUUUCGCUGAGUGUGGAUGAGGACUAUGACCUUCGCCUUUCCGGCCUCUCGCUGCCUUCCUUCUGUGCUGUGCACCUCGAGUGGAUCCAGUACUGCGCCUCCCGGCGUGGCCAGCCCGUGGACCAGGACUGGAACUCGCCGCUGGUCACGCUGUGUUUUGGCCUGUGUGUACUGGGCCGCCGAGCCCUGGGGACAGCCUCUCACAGCAUGUCUGCCAGCCUGGAGCCCUUCCUCUAUGGCCUACACGCUCUGUUCAAGGGGGACUUUCGCAUCACCUCCCCACGUGAUGAGUGGGUCUUUGCCGACAUGGACCUGCUUCACCGUGUAGUGGCACCUGGGGUUCGCAUGGCUCUCAAGCUUCACCAGGACCACUUCACAUCCCCAGAUGAAUAUGAGGAACCUGCGGCCUUGUAUGAUGCCAUUGCAGCCAACGAGGAGCGGCUGGUCAUUUCACAUGAAGGUGACCCAGCCUGGCGUAGUGCCAUCCUCAGCAACACACCCUCCCUGCUGGCACUGCGCCACGUCAUGGACGAUGCAUCUGAUGAGUACAAGAUCAUCAUGCUAAACCGCCGCCACCUCAGCUUCCGAGUCAUCAAGGUGAAUCGCGAGUGCGUGCGUGGCCUGUGGGCUGGGCAGCAGCAGGAGUUGGUGUUCCUGCGUAACCGCAACCCUGAGCGUGGCAGCAUCCAGAACGCCAAGCAGGCACUCCGCAACAUGAUCAAUUCCUCCUGUGACCAGCCACUGGGCUACCCCAUCUAUGUGUCACCCCUCACCACCUCACUGGCUGGCAGCCACCCCCAGCUGCGAGCGCUGUGGGGCGGCCCCAUCAGCUUGGGCGCCAUCACCCGCUGGCUCCUGCGCAGCUGGGAGAGGCUUCAUAAGGGCUGUGGUGCUGGCUGCAAUAGCGGUGGGAAUGUGGAUGACUCGGACUGUGGUGGGGGCAGCGGCCUGACUUCCCUCAGUGCUAAUCCCCCCUUGGCACACCCGACGCCUGAGAAUACAGCAGGCAGUGGCGACCAACCCCUCCCACCAGGCCCUGGCUGGGGGCCGCGGCCUUCCCUGAGCAGCUCUGGUGAUGGACGCCCCCCUGCUCUAUUGCAGUGGCCUCCCCCUCGGCUCCCUGGUCCACCCCCUGCCUCACCUGUUCCCACUGAGGGUCCCCGGUCCUCGCGGCCCCCUGGUCCUGGUUUCGGUUCUGAGGGGCCCAGUGGAAAGUGGAGCCUGGGGGGUCGGAAGGGUCUGGGAGGAUCUGAUGGAGAACCAGCCUCAGGGAGCCCCAAAGGAGGCACCCCCAAAUCUCAGGUGCCUCUAGACCUCAGCCUCAGCCCGGAUGGCAGCUCUGAGGCCUCACCCCCCAGAGCAGCACAGGAUAUUUCUUGCUUGGACAGCAGUGCUCCCGAGAGUGGUACACCCACUGAGGCCCCAGCUGACUGGCCUGUCCCUGCUGAGGAACGCGAAAGUCCGGCUGCCCAGCCAUUGCUGGAGCACCAAUACUGAGCAGCCUGGCGUCCACUGGAUCCCAUCAUAGGACUCAGUAACUUGGACUUCCUCUGCUGCCUCUGGCCCUCUCUGUUGGACCACAGAACUGAGUGGCUUUGGCUCCCACAUCUGAACCCUGACCUCUGGCUGCCUCAGCCAAAGUACCAGAACUGAAUGGCCUGGACCUCUGACCUUGACCCCUGAUCUCAUUCCUAAUUUACGGCCUGGGUACCCCAAACUGAGGCAGUCAGCUUCCCAGCCAGGCCCUAAAAGCCAAAUCCAUGGGCUGGUCCCGCUUUGAGCCCAUGGCCAGGACUGACUUGGUCCCUGGGCCUGCACUGCCUGCAAGGGUGGUCCCCUUGUCCUGGACCUGGGGCUUGAAAUGUGGCAAGGGUUGUUUCUUCUUUUUUUUUUUUUUUUUUGGUCAUUUUUUUUUUCGUGCUUCAGAGACACCAGAAUUAAUAACACUAUUUUUGAUUUUGA